UCCAAGUCAUCAUGUCUGGCCGUGGCAAAGGUGGUAAAGCAAAGGGAAAGUCAAAGACUCGUUCCAACCGUGCUGGACUCCAAUUCCCAGUUGGACGUAUCCAUCGUUUACUCCGUAAAGGUAACUACGCUGAACGUGUUGGUGCUGGUGCACCUGUCUACUUGGCUGCCGUUAUGGAAUAUUUGGCUGCUGAAGUUCUCGAAUUGGCAGGUAAUGCUGCUCGUGACAACAAAAAGACCAGAAUCAUUCCACGUCAUCUUCAAUUGGCCAUCCGUAACGACGAAGAGUUAAACAAACUUCUCUCUGGUGUAACCAUUGCCCAAGGUGGUGUCUUGCCAAACAUCCAAGCUGUUCUUUUACCAAAAAAGACUGAAAAAAGCAGUGCCUAAAUUCAACAAGUCAUCAAUAUCAAACCAAUCGGCCCUUUUCAGGGCCAUCAAAUAUUCAAAACGAUAUGUUAUAAUCUUUAAAUUUUCAUUUCAUCAAAAUUCAAGAAACUAAAAUACAAAUAUUUGAUAAGACCCAAAACUACACAGCUGUAUGCACUUAAAAAGUAAUAAAAUGAUAUUCAAACUAAAGGGACUUUUCCCAAACUAUUUUUACCGGAUACAUAAAAUUUUUACGACUUUCUUGGAGCCAGACGCGACAGAUUAGAUUACA